AUGACUGAGGCCGAGGUGGUGAUCCGCAAUGAGUCCGGCUAUAUCCGGCACACGGCCACCAAAGACUUCGGACCUUUGGAAUUUACGGGGAAAGUUGCUGGUGGUUUGCGGCUCGACUUGCGUAGGCGGUUGCCGCACUACUGCAGUGACUGGACGGAUGCCUUCAAGGCCGAAAACCUCCAAAAGUCCGUGAGUUCCGUGCUGUACUUGUUCAUUGCCGCUCUUGCACCAGCGAUCACGUUUGGAAGCCGAUUCCUGGAUGGCACGAAUGGCCAAUUUGGUGUAUUGGAAAUGAUCAUGAGUACAGCAAUUAGUGGCUUGCUCUUCUCCACCUUCGCGGGCCAGCCAUUGUCCAUCCUUGGAGCAACUGGACCAUUCCUGGCCUACACGUUGGUGGUCUACGACUUGGCCGUUGGGUCGGACCUGGAGUUCAUGGUUUUCUACUUCUGGACUUGCAUGUGGUCGGCUCUCUUCACUAUCCUGGUGGCGGUCUUUGACCUGUGUGCUCUGAUGAAGCACGUGACUAUGUUCAGCGAAGACAUUUUCGCCGGCUUGAUUAGCCUUAUCUUCAUCAUCGACGGAGUGAGGCCUAUCAUCGAGAACUUCACGGAGAAGAGGAUGGCACUGAAUAGCGCCAUGUUCGAGGCUUUGCUAUUCCUUUACACUUUUGGCCUGGCAACCUACCUGUCCCACUUCCGGCGCACGCCCUGGCUGCUCCGGUCCCUCCGCAACCUCAUGGCCAACUUCUCCGUGACCAUCGCCCUGGUGACGGCUUCGGCCCUGGCAGCCAUCUACUCCACCGACACCAACUUGAGGAUGCUGAGCGUGGAUGCGGACUUCUCCCCGAACCUGGUGUUGUCGGACGGAAGCAAGCGACCCUGGAUCGUGAACCCUGCAGGCAUCGAAAAGCCUUUCCCUGCCUGGGCCAUUGCGUAUGCAAUCCUUCCUGCGAUUGGAUUCGCCGUGCUGGGCUACUUGGACCAGAACCUCACCUCCGUGAUCGUGAAUCGUCCGUCGAACAAUCUUGCAAAGCCGCCCGGAUACCAUUUGGAUUUGUUCGUGAGAGGGGCACUGACACUCCCAGCCUGCGCUGUGCUGGGCCUGCCGCUAUCCGUGGCCUCGACGGUGCCCAGCAUCACGCACGUCAUUUCCUUGACCACCUAUGAGGUGAAGCAGCUGCCCGAGGGAGAGCGCAAGGUCCCGACCAAGGUGGUGGAGCAGCGUGCCACGAAUUUCCUUAUCCACAUACUAAUUGGGUGCGCUCUCUUCCUCGCCCCGGUCCUGAAAUUCUUGCCACGGGCCGUGCUGCAGGGCGUGUUCUUCUACAUGGGUAUUGCCUCCUUGACUGGCAACAAUCUCUUCGACCGCUUGUUCCUGUGGUUGAUCUGGGACCCCGCCAAGUAUCCGCAGUACCACUACAUCCAGAAGCUUCCUAUCCGCCGCGUCCACCUCUAUACCUUGGUGCAGGUGAUCUGCUUGGCAAUUCUCUAUGGGCUCAAAGCAAUCAAGGAAACUUCCGUGGUAUUCCCCUUCUUCAUGGCCUCCCUGGCUUUCAUCCGCAAGGCCAUGCGCUGGAUGUUCACCGAGGAGGAGCUGAAGCUGCUGGACAGCUUGCCCGACGAGGAUGAGGGUGCUGAGGCCAAGCCUGCGCCGGACCUCCUGAACCUGGGGACCGAG